AUGGCUUCGAACCAAGAACUGGCUUGCGUGUACGCUGCUCUUAUUCUCCAAGAUGAUGACGUCGCCAUCACUGGUGACAAGAUCGCCACCCUCCUCAAGGCCGCGAACGUUGAGGUUGAGCCAUAUUGGCCUGGUCUCUUCGCCAAGGCUUUGGAAGGAGUUGAUGUGAAGGUUUUUGAUAUCGAAUAUAAUACAUUUAACCACGAAAUUUGAAGAACCUCAUCACUUCUGUUUCUUCGGGUGCUGGAUCUGGUGGUGCUGCUCCCGCCGCGUCGGCUGCACCUGCCGCUGGAGCUGCUGCUGCGGCCCCUGCUGCCGAGACUAAGAAGAAGGAAGAGCCUAAAGAGGAGUCCGACGACGACAUGGGCUUCGGUCUUUUCGACUAA